CUUCGAAACUACUUUCACGUUCGUCUUUUUCUGAGAAUUAUAUUUUUAUAUAUUAAUUAUGGUUUCGAUGUUAUCAAGUCUAUUAACAAACGGUUUGUUUAUUUAAGGUUCCCGUCUUGUAAAAAAUAAACACUAUGAGAAGAAGUCAAGCACCAAGUCGAAGAUCUUUCCCUGUAUUAAAGAGAAAACCAGAUUCAGAUGAAGAUGAUGAUUACAUACCAUCACCAAAUAUCAAGGGCAAGAAACAUAAAAUUGGUUUAUUGGUAUCACCUAGCCAACAGCAUCAGUCCCCCUUCAGAAAACCGUUGACCGAUAUUUUAAAUUAUCCAACACUUCCUGAUUCCUCUUCUCAUGAAGCAUUUAUUAAGAAGAUAUUAUCGAAACCAUUUAAAGUUCCCAUACCAAAUUAUCAAGGAAGUAGUCUCAAUCGUGCGUUAGGUGUAAGACGACAAGGCGCCAGACAGUCAUUACAUGAUCCAUAUGAAGAGGGAGCAUUAAUUUUAUACAGUCCUCCAGAAUUAAGUGCUCAUGAUCAGAUGAAAUUAGAAACCGAAAAACAGCCAGUUCAUGUAGUGGUUGAUCCUAUUUUAUCUAAAGUCUUGAGACCUCAUCAAAGAGAGGGUGUAAAGUUUAUGUAUGAUUGUGUAACUGGAACUCAGAUUGAAAACAGUUAUGGUUGUAUCAUGGCCGAUGAAAUGGGUUUGGGGAAGACAUUGCAAUGUAUUACACUUGUUUGGACUUUGUUGAGACAGAGUCCUGAUUGUUGUCCAACUGAACAUAAAGGUAUUAUCGUAUCACCCAGCAGCUUAGUCAAGAACUGGUAUAAUGAAUUUAAUAAAUGGUUGCCUGGAAAAGUUCGAUGUCUGGUCAUAGAUUCUGGAACGAAGAGUGAAAUAGAUAAAAAUCUUACUCAAUUUAUGCAGCAAAAUGGAAAGCGUGUUCAUCUACCUGUAUUAAUUAUAUCAUACGAAACAUUUCGACUACAUUCCAGUGUUUUACAUAAAGGUUCAGCUGGUUUUGUUAUUUGUGACGAGGGUCACAGAUUAAAGAAUUCCGAAAAUCAAACAUAUCAAGCAUUGAAUCAAUUAAACGCUAAAAGAAGAAUUCUUCUAUCAGGAACUCCUAUACAGAAUGAUUUACUGGAAUAUUUCAGUUUAGUUCAUUUUGUAAAUACAGGAAUAUUAGGCACAGCACAAGAAUUCAAACGUAAAUUUGAGACGCCAAUAUUAAGAGGAAGAGAUGCUGGUGCGUCUGAUUCUGAUCAUAAAAAAGGAGAAGAAAAAUUACAAGAGUUGGCAGCCAUUGUGAAUAAAUGUAUUAUCAGAAGAACUCAAGCUCUUCUUACUAAAUAUCUUCCUGUUAAAAUUGAAGAAGUUGUUUGCUGCAGAUUAACACCAUUACAGAUGGCGCUGUAUAAAUCAUUUGUUGAUUCCCGAGCGGAAGAAUUAGAGACAAGCGGUAAAAUGUCUGUCAGCAGUUUAUCUUCAAUAACGCAACUUAAGAAACUCUGUAAUCAUCCUGAUUUAAUUUAUGAUAAAUGUGUAGAAGGAAGUGUUGGAUUUGAAGAUUUGUUAGAUAUUUAUCCACCUGGUUAUAAUCUUAAAACCGUUAAUCCAGCUUUAUCAGGAAAGUUUAUAGUUUUAGAUACAUUAUUAGCUGUGGUUAAAUCAACAUCCAGUGAUAAAGUUGUUCUUGUCUCUAAUUAUACUCAAACUCUGGAUUUGUUUGAAAAACUCUGCAGGCAGAGAAAUUAUUUAUUUGUAAGACUUGAUGGAACUAUGACAGUUAAGAAAAGAGCCAAAAUCGUUGAAAGAUUUAAUAAUCCAUCGAGUCCUGAGUUUAUCUUUAUGUUGAGUAGUAAAGCUGGUGGGUGUGGUCUAAAUCUUAUUGGUGCAAAUCGAUUGGUUAUGUUUGAUCCUGACUGGAAUCCAGCCAAUGAUGAUCAAGCUAUGGCUAGAUGUUGGCGUGAUGGACAGAAGAAACAGUGCUAUAUUUAUAGAUUAAUUGCUACUGGUACAAUAGAAGAAAAGAUAUUUCAGAGACAGGCUCACAAGAAAGCAUUAAGUAGUUGUGUUAUCGAUAAAGAAGAAGAUGUAGAAAGACAUUUUAGUUUAGAUGAAUUACGAGAUUUAUUUAAGCUCAAUGAAAAUACUGUCAGUGAUACUCAUGAAAAAUUUAAGUGUCGUCGUUGUGUGAACAAUAUUCAAGUCCGUCCACCUGCACCAGACACAGAUUGCAAUUCCGAUUUGUCCCAGUGGAAUCACUGUGCUGAUAAAAAAGGACUCGUUGAUUUGGCAUUAAAGUCAGCGUGGGAUUCGGCCAUUUCCUUUACGUUUUAUCAUCACAGUCAUGAAGAACAACGAAAAACUGUGUAGAUUUUCUGGGGGGGUUUUAUGGACAACUUUCAUCUCAAGCAGAAGACUUUUUUGUGAUUAUAGAGAUUGACUUUGUUAUUGUAAACUGAAGACUUUAUUUAUGAUCUUCAGAAAGAACUGCAGAUUUUAUUUCAAGAGAUUAAGAUGACUGCUUUAUAGUGCUGAAUGUACAUAAUUCCAAGCCUUUGUUAACAGAUGACUGAGUUACUCCAAGACCUUUCUAGACAACUGCAGAUCUUAGCAGAGCUCAUCAGUGGGCCCCCUUAGCUCACGAGUUAAUGAACAGGGGCCCCAUACUCCGGGCCAUGUAAUUAUUCUGUAAGGGCCGUUAUGGUUUUGUAUACCGUAUGUAAUGAAAUACCUGGUGUACACUUGAAACAAGGUUAUACGCUGGCCUACUAUGUUGGCUGCCCUGCAUCUUAGCCUUGAAAGUCAAGUCUAGGUCACAUUUGAAUGGCCUUAAUAAAUGUUCCAGGCCUUAGGCCUACUUUUGUAAAUAUUCUGUCUGUAAUAUCUCAGCAUGAGUGCUGAAAAGAACUCACGUUACAAGGACAUAAUGGGGAUACUCGAUUUUCACUCUGGAACGUUGAUGGAAUUGCAAUCAAGUGAUGCGAAAUUCAGUCCUGUCACAGUUCUGUCAGCCCCGAUAACAGAGGUGGUGUGAGUAGAAUCGUGUCAUGGUUCGUUUGAUAGGUUUUCUCAUGCAGUCGCCGGAUGCUUUAUAGCCCCAAAUUCCCAUUUUUAAUCGAUUGUCACUAUUUUUGGGUUUGACAGAUUUCAGUUCCGGAACGUGAUCUACAUCGGUCAUAAUUCCUUGGGGGACAAUUACAGUUUAUGAUGGAAUGUUUGGACUAGGGUUCUUCUAAUCUAUAUCAUUAAAAUGAUGCCAUUAAAACAUUUUAAUCCUUGUAUAUCUGUGUAACUGUAAACUUAAAUUAAUUGAUGAGAUAAUAAAUCCUCAACGAAAUCUUCA